GUUGAAGGACAGUCCAGCUUGGUCCCUAAUCACCAGGCUAAUAGGCCCAGCAUUGAGGAAGCAGCUACCAGAAGCUGGACUAGAGGGCAAUUUUCCUUCUACUACCACUUCGCCUUAAAGAAACACUAGACCAUGCUCCUGCUUCCUUUGCUACCUGUCCUUCUCCUGUGUGUGGCAGGCAUAUCCUCUUCAAAGUCACAAACUUGUGAGGACGCCCUGAAGACUUGCUCUGUCGUAGCCUGUGGCAGAGAUGGACCGAAAGGGGAGAAGGGAGAACCAGGUCAAGGGCUCAGGGGCUUGCAGGGCCCUCCAGGAAAAAUGGGGCCUCCAGGAAAUGUAGGAGCUCCUGGAAGUUCAGGACCAAAAGGCCAAAAAGGGGAUCCUGGAAACAAUGCAGAGGUUGAGGCAAAGGUGCGGCAGUUGGAGGCAGAGAUAAGGACCUUGAAAUCAGAACUGGAGCACACCAAGAAGUUGCAUGCCUUCUCAAUGGGCAAAAAGUCUGGGAAGAAGCUAUUCGUGACCAACUAUGAAACUAUGCCCUUUUCCAAAGUGAAGGCUCUGUGCACCGGGCUCCGAGGCACUGUGGCUAUUCCCAGGAACGCUGAGGAGAACAAGGCCAUCCGUGAAGUGGCCAAAGGCAACGCCUUCAUAGGUAUCACAGACGAGGUGACUGAAGGUCAAUUUAUGUAUGUGACAGGGGGAAAGCUCACCUACAGCAACUGGAAAAAGAACGAGCCCAAUGACCAUGGCUCGGGGGAGGACUGUGUCAUCAUUGUAGACGAUGGGGUCUGGAAUGACAUUUCCUGUCAUUCUUCUUUCAUUGCUGUCUGCGAGUUCCCAGCCUGAGGAAGUUGGUGCCUCCAUCUUCUCUUUGGCUCCUCUCUGGACUCUCAGUUGCUUCCAAAGAAAAUUCAGUACUGUUUCCCCAAGCUUCGUGUUAGCUGAUUCGUUUCAGGGGAGUGGAUGUAUUUGAUUGUGACCUGAGGAUAUAAGAAGCUGACCAUGAGGCACCAGGAUCCAGACAAACAGAGAGCGAAAGUCACAUCUCUUUUGCUAGGGGCACAGUGACGAGUCAGAGUCAACUGUGGAAAAGCUACAGUAAGUCCCCUCUUUUCACAUUGAAGGACCGAAGGUAGACCAUACCUGUGUCAGAGUUGCAGCUGAUCUUAGCUGUCAGAACACCCAAUUCCUUCUCUCCAUGAAUUGAUGCCAAACAUGCCUGUUCGAAGCCA